UGAUGAUCUACGGCAGUGGCAGGUUUACUAAACCUGUCAUCAACUCCGAGUUAACAUGUCCCUAAAGGACUGCAAGUGGAUGCUCAUUGUUCUAACCCUGUUUGGACUCAUUGUUCUGCUGCGCAACAUCAUCACUGAGGAGAACUGGAAGUACUCCAUGGUGUCGGCGCCAUUGGACAAGGUCCAGUAUGGGAACCGGUCAUCAAAUCUCACGAGAAGCCUCCCCGCCUUUUAUCCCAAUCACAGCUACUGUCCACAUCAGGGUCUGCCAAUGUCACUUGAGGAACAGCUGGAGGAACGUAACCUGUUGGACUCCAUCAUCUGGCCAUAUCCACCCUCUGGCUCUGAACUACUCAACCUGUCCCAGACCAGUGACCCAGCCCACAGCCUGUUCACGAUCGUCCCUUCCCAAAAAGACCAGCAAUGGCGCGUGGGCGACCAGCUGGAAGUGGAGGUCCACCUGCACGACUACGAGGGCCGACCCAAGCGUUACGGUGGCGAUUUUCUCUUGGCUCGGUUGCAGUCCCCGCACUGCAGAGCGGGUGUGGUCGGCCAGGUGCUGGACCACAAGAACGGAGUUUAUUCCGCUCGAUUGCCACUGCUGUGGGAGGGCUCGACUCGAGUCGAGGUUAUGCUGGUCCACUCGAGCGAGGCUAUCGCCGUACUGUGGAGACUGAGGGAGAAACGGCCCGAUCGGGUGUAUUUCACCGGCGAAUUUCGCCGAGGCCGUCUUUCCGAGACCACAGUUUGCAACAUGUGCUUGCUGCAAGACAAGGGACCACGGUGCAACUUCACGGACCUUCGCACCGGCGAGCCGUGGUACUGCUACGCGCCCAAAAAGCUCAGCUGCGAAGAUAGAAUCAGCCAUGCCAAGGGAGGCUACCUCAAAGGCAUCAUCACCAGCAAGGAAGCGUUGCUCUUUCAGAGCGGUGUCAACGUCAAAGUUCGCAUCAACCCAUCCACAACCGACACCAUCAACGUGCUGCCUUCCAGGACAAGUGAAGAACGAAAAGAAGAUCCCGUGACGUCUGGGUACUACUACCAAGAUUCGUGGAGACCUUUUCGCGACCUCCCCAUGCGCCCGUUCAAUCAGGCUGCCAUCACUCAGUGUUUGACCAACAAGCUGGUCUACUUGUACGGGGACUCCACCAUGCGCCAGUGGUACGAGUACUUCAUCUCUGUGCUUCCAGAAUUGAAAGAAUUCGCCAUGUACACACCAAAAAGCGUGGGGCCCUUAAUGGCGGUGGACAGCACCCACAACAUUCUGGUCCACUACCGCUGCCACGCCCCACCCAUCCGCUUCGACACUCUCAUGGCCAGCGAGUUGCGCUACAUCGCCAACGAGCUGGACGGCCUGACCGGCGGUCCGGACACGGUGGUAGCCAUCAGCAUCUGGUCCCACUUCAGCACCUUUCCCGCGGAGGUUUACAUGCGACGCCUGAGGCAAAUCCGCAAGGCGGUGGUGCGACUCCUGAACCGGUCGCCGGCAACGGCGGUGAUUGUCCGCACGGGCAACCCUCAGAUUCAGAGAAAUGAUAUCAGCCUGUACAACAGCGACUGGUUUUCCCUGCAGCUGAACACCGCGCUGCGCUCCAUGUUCAAGGGUCUGGAUGUUUUGCUGGUCGAUGCCUGGCAGAUGUGCGUGGCACACCACGAGCCUCACAACCUUCACCCUCCUCGGCCGAUUAUCAAGAACAUGGUCGACCUGAUGUUGUCCUACGUUUGUCGUAAUGGGACCACAAACACUGCGUGAUCUUUGUAGAUCAAAACCAGGUUGAGAAAGUUGUCAUUGAAGCAUCAGGGUAAGCCAACACGUGGUCAUACAUGCGGGCGUGCGUGGGUCACGAGUUUUUAUCAGAUCACCAAAUACACUAGUAAGGGGGAAAAGUGCGGAAAAACAAAUUUCAGCUUGAAAAUAAUUUUGCUUCACUUUGGUCAUUAUUUCGAAUAAACUAUUUUCACUGA